CACACACGCACGCUCACAAACAAAACGUUACUCCAGUGUUGAGAACGGAAGUUCACCGAGCGAUUUAACGGAUCACGGAAUUCACCUGCACGUUUACUUUCUCCGAGCCGUGAGUUUGGCCGAUUGCAAGGUCGAGCGUCCCGACGAGCGAAACCGUAUCUCUGAUGCGUUAACGAGUUGUUGGCCGAUGGAGCGCUACGAGUCUCUGGGUCUGAUCGGCGAGGGAAGUUACGGCACCGUGCUCAAGUGCCGGCACCGAGACUCCGGACGACUCGUCGCCAUCAAGAAGUUCGUGGACUCUGACGACGACAAGGCGGUGAAGAAGAUCGCCCUGAGGGAGAUCAAGCUGCUGAGGCAACUGCGUCACGACAACCUGGUGAACCUCCUGGAGGUGUGGAAGCGCCGCCGCCGCUGGUACCUGGUGUUCGAGUUCGUGGAGCGAACCCUCCUGGAUGACCUGGAGCAGAACCCGAGCGGCCUGGACCUGAACACCGGCCGGCAGUACCUGUACCAGAUCCUGAGGGCCGCCGCCUUCUGCCACCGGCAAAACAUCAUCCACCGGGACAUCAAGCCGGAGAACAUCCUCCUCUCUCAGGGGGGCGUGGUCAAGAUGUGCGACUUCGGCUUCGCCCGGACGAUGGCCUCGCCCGCCGAGGGCGGCGUCUACACGGACUACGUGGCCACGCGCUGGUACCGGGCGCCGGAACUCCUGGUGGGAGACGCCAAGUACGGCAAACCGGUAGACGUGUGGGCUGUCGGCUGUCUGUUGGUAGAGAUGCUAACGGGUCAGCCCUUGUUCCCCGGAGACUCCGACCUCGACCAAAUCUACCACAUCGUCCGGUGCUUCGGUAACCUGACCGCUCGCCACCAGGAGCUUUUCUACAGGAAUCCCGUCUUCUCCGGAGUCAGAAUGCCUGAACAUUCCUGCAGAGUCCGACUGGAGCAGCGCUUCCCCGCGAUCGCACCCGUGGCCCUGGACCUGGCUCAGAGUUGCCUCCAGAUGGAUCCGGAAAGACGAGCUCAGUGUUCAGAACUGCAAGAACAUCCUCUGUUCACGCAAGACUCGUUCCACAUCAGAUUUUUGGACGAGCUGAAUGCCAAGAUCCAAAAAGACCACAGAGAAAACUCGACCUUCCCCAAAAUAACCAAAACACGGAGACGAGAAAGGAGCGAAGGGGAUGACAAGAGACAAGGAAGCAAAGACAAGAAGCAACCGGAAGCUGUGGAUGAAAAAGUCAACAGGGAAACAAAAGGAAAGCAACCUUUGAAGCUUUCUAAGACUAUUCGGAACACCUCAGAACCGUUAAAGGCCACCAAACAAGUCAAAACAUUGGGCGCAAAGACGAUCAAUAAUGCAGCAAAGACAACCGCGGCCAUGAAAGGUAAACCGGGAAAAACCACAGAGCUGAGAAAGGAACCACAGCUUUUCAAAUCAACUAAAACCCUUACUUCUGACUCACUGGAGGUUGCCAAGACUGCAACAGAUCUGAAAGACGAUGACGCAGUGGCAGCUGAAUCCGAACACGGGAAAGGUGCUUCUCCAGAGCCGAGGCAAGACCAUUUAAAAACUAUGGAUUCAAAAGACAGAGAUUCUAGUGGCAUGCAUUCUAGCUUCUCAGACUGCAUUGUGUCAAGUGUGACUGAGAGGAAUGUGGAGGGGAUCAGGAGAUCAUCGAAAUCUGAGCCAAGUCAAGACUUUGGGAAGAACCACUCAAACUCAAAAGUGCCCAAUUUGUCUCAAAGCUCCCAUCCAGACAGGAGUUUAUCUCCAAACGCGUCUAUGAAAUCCACCAUUGACCGUACAGAAACCCACCUAACACAGAACAUGGGUAAAAGGUCCACUUCAGAAUACCUUGAAGGUGCCUCAGCAGCUGUAACUUCUAAAUUAGCAAACAGUGAUCAAUUAGAGACAAGCGUGACAGGUAAAGCGUCUCAACCAUCCAGCGAUGACCACCUUGAGGUUGCUACCCCGACUGUCCCUUCUGGCUCCAAGCCAUGCAGGACGACUGUGUCCUCAGUGCACCGGUCAGCCAUGAAGACAGACCGAAGAGGGACUCCUGAAUGCCCAAAGGUCUCACCCUCACACCACAGACCACUCGAGGCUAACUCAAACUUCGGCCCCAAAAUCACCCAAAACCAUCUAUCUUCGUCCAACAGCCCUUCAGACCUUUCAAGGCAGUCCUCCACAGUUUUUAGAGAGGCCAGUCCUGCCCAGAGCACGAUAACACCACCUAAAGGAACCGCGAAUACAAUGUGGUCCAAAACUGGCUCUUCCUCACACACUAAACCCUCAAAUGACAGCAUAUCCGUCCCCAACACACCUUCGAGAGGCCUUCCAACAGACAGAGAACUUGCAGAAGUGUCUAUCGCAACCAAAACUCAGCAGGAUAGUCGUAAUGCUUUGAACAAGGACCUCACGGACGACCACACUGAGAUACCUGAUGCUGCGGCUGGAGAUUCUAAAGGGAGUCCUGAGUUCACUGAGCCAUCCAGUGUCCAUCUGGACGUCGGCACUUCUAAGUCCAAGAUCACCUUCAGAACCACCUCCAUGCCGAAUGACAUGCCCAAAACCAACGCGGCAGGAGGGGCCGCUGUUCUGAGAACGUUGGAAGUCUCUGACAAAGAGAACCGGGAGGAUUUAGCACUUCCUGUGUCCAUCAGAGCUUUAAACAAAUCUUUAGUGAAUCGGCCCUCAAAGGUUUCUAGAGACUCACAUAUUGAGCGACAGAGCAACAGCAGAGAAGCUGAACCGGACACAAAAUCCACAAAACCCCCCUCCUUCAAGUCUUUGACCGGAGACCCUAAAAAACCAACAAAGUCCAACGCAACAAUGACGGUAAAGAAAACCAACUUUCCUCCAGAGGCCAGAAAGAAGAGAGACAACCCAGAAAGAGACGACAUAACCAACCUCUCCACGAUCGCAGAUUGGACCUCCUUCACCUCGACGGCGACUCCGGAGCCCAAAGCUUCCACCAGGAUCUCCCUCCUUCUCAACAGGGACGCCGCCGACGUGGAAGAGUCUGAUUUCGGCGUAGAUCCUUCGUCUCCACCUCCUCCUCCUCCUCCUCCGUCCUCCACACCCCUCAUCCCCUCCCUCCGUGUCGUCAGCCCGGCUGCCAGCGAUCACCUUUCCCUGGGGGCAGGUUUCCGUUCGAGGGCCCACAGCUUUAGGUGCGUCGGCCAGCCGAGGCGUCACAGCGGCGUCUACGGCCGCGCUGCCGGAGCCCUCGCCACACAGGUAACGCGGCGCGUUUCACUUCCUUUCCUUUCACUUUUGACUUUGAAUGCGUCGCCACCGUCUCGAUCUUUUCAGGCGUCGGAGAAGAACCCGACCGGCGAGCGCCCCUUCCCGUCCGAUCGCUGUAACCUCGGUAACGGCGGCGGCGGCACAGCCACCAAGAAGAGGUCAGACAUCCAUUUUCCAGAUCUGAGAAACUCGGUGAUGCCAGAGGUCCGAGGACGAGAAGGUGACCGCCCACCUUUUUAAACAAAGUGCUCAUUGACGUUCUGAAGGUCCUUAAAUCCUCGUUAAGAGUUUGAAGCCGAGCGACUGUCAACGUCACCGUAAAAACAAUUCAGGAACAACAAGAGAAUUGGAAAAGGCAAAGUUACAAGACUCUGUGCUUAAUUACUUCAAGUUUGAAGGAGUUCCUCAUCUCAAUAACCGUUGUGACUUUUGUUUGUAUUAUUUUGUCAAGAAUUUGUCAAUUAAAUCAUUUUGGAGAAGUCAUGUUUUCCAAUAUUAUGAACCAGAUUUAUUGAUUUUCAAAAAAAUGCUCAAAAGUACCUUUCAUUAAGCAUUUUAUUUUUACAAUGGUUCUUAAAGGUCACAACUGUCAUGACUUGGGACUUCUGUUUUCGCCACUGGGGUCAUUGGCGACCUCUGGUGGCCGAAAGACAUUAUUUCAGUCUUUCUGUGUCACACCUGUUUUUUAUUUGGUAAUGUUCAAUUAUCUUUGUUUGACCAGGGUAUAAAUACCUGGCAGUGUGCUAGACACGUCAUCGCGACCUUUGUUCAGACCUUGUGAUCCUCGUUACCCUCUCGUUACGUUUACUAUUCUUCUGUGCUUUGGACUUACCUCUUUGUUUGGAUUAUACCUUUUUGGAUUUAACGCUUUCGUUUGGAUUAUACCCUUUUUGGAUUUAAGGAGUUUGUUUGGAUCUACCUCUUGUGUUUGCGUUAUUGCUGCUUCAAAGACACUUUUGCAUUUUUUGAAACUCCGUUGUGACGGAGAGAAAAUAAAACAAUCUUUUGACUUUA